AAAAAGUUCUACUUAUUUGGGCGCCGUCCUAGAGAGUGUCACAUGUUUCUGUUUCUAAUACGGUUGAGUGGGCAAAGAGAAUCGGAGAAGAAUGGCUGGUGAAGAUUCGGGAAAUCCAGUGCCGUCGACGCCAGAAUCGCCGACAUCUGCAGGAUUUAACACGGAUCAAUUGCCCCAUGACAGUAGCCACUCGUCGGAUGAGGAAGAGGCGGCGGUGGAUCCUGAGAUAAUUAGAGACGAGGCGGAUGAGGUAGAUGAAGAGGAAGACGAAGGAGAAGAUCUGUACAAUGAUAAUUUCAUGGAUGAUUAUAGGAGGAUGGAUGGGCAAGACCAGUACGAGUCGAUUGGGUUGGAUGAGUCUAUGGAGGAUGAGAGAGAUUUGGAUCAGAUCAUGCUGGAUCGUAGGGCUGCCGAGUUGGAGCUUGAUGCCCGUGAGGCUCGCCUCUCCAAUCGCAAGCUUCCCCAGCUUCUGCAUGACCAGGAUACAGAUGAUGACAAUUAUAGGCCUUCUAAGCGGUCAAGAGCUGAUUUCAGGCCUCCAGCUGCAGCAAGAAGCUACGAUGACACUGAUGGAAUGCAGAGUUCACCAGGAAGGUCACAGCAAGGCCCCUCAAGGGAUGAUGUACCCAUGACUGAUCGAACUGAUGAUUACCCUUACGAGGAUGAAGAUGAUGAUCAAGGCGAGUUUGAGAUGUACCGUGUUCAGGGAACAUUGAGAGAGUGGGUUACUAGAGAUGAAGUGCGUCGCUUCAUUUUCAAGAAGUUCAGGGAUUUCUUACUUACGUAUGUGAACCCAAAAAAUGGACAUGGGGACGUUGAAUAUGUACGCCUCAUAAAUGAGAUGGUGUCAGCUAACAAGUGCAGCUUGGAGAUUGAUUAUAAACAGUUCAUUUCUGUUCAUCCUAAUAUUGCAAUCUGGCUGGCUGAUGCCCCCCAAUCUGUCCUAGAAGUUAUGGAAGAUGUUGCCCAAAGGGUGGUCUUUGAUUUGCAUCCAAACUACAAGAACAUCCAGCAAAAGAUAUAUGUCCGCAUUACAAACCUUCCAAUUUAUGAUCGAAUUCGGGAUAUUAGGCAAAUCCAUUUGAACACCAUGGUUCGCAUUGGGGGUGUUGUGACUAGACGCACUGGGGUCUUUCCCCAGUUGCAACAGGUAAAAUACGAUUGCAACAAGUGUGGAGCAAUUUUGGGACCAUUCUUUCAAAAUUCAUAUUCAGAGGUCAAGGUUGGUUCCUGCCCUGAAUGCCAAUCAAAAGGGCCAUUCACUGUCAACAUUGAGCAGACGGUAUAUAGGAACUACCAGAAGCUCACACUCCAAGAAAGCCCAGGAACUGUGCCUGCAGGAAGGCUUCCAAGAUACAAGGAAGUAAUAUUGCUUAAUGAUCUAAUUGAUUGUGCCCGUCCUGGGGAAGAAAUUGAAGUCACAGGCAUUUACACAAAUAAUUUUGACAUGUCAUUGAACACAAAAAAUGGAUUUCCUGUCUUUGCCACCGUGGUUGAGGCAAACUAUGUUACAAAGAAACAGGAUCUCUUUUCUGCCUAUAAACUUACUCAGGAAGAUAAGGAAGAGAUUGAGAAGUUGGCCAAGGAUACACAAAUAGGAGAAAGGAUUAUCAAGUCCAUUGCCCCUUCAAUCUAUGGUCAUGAGGACAUAAAAACUGCAAUAGCUCUUGCUAUGUUUGGGGGACAGGAGAAAAAUAUAGAAGGGAAACAUCGACUCCGUGGAGACAUCAAUGUACUACUUUUAGGUGAUCCAGGCACGGCAAAAUCGCAAUUUCUCAAAUAUGUUGAAAAGACCGGGCAGAGAGCUGUUUAUACUACUGGCAAAGGAGCUUCUGCCGUGGGGCUCACAGCAGCGGUGCACAAGGAUCCAGUCACAAGGGAGUGGACCCUUGAAGGAGGAGCCCUUGUUUUAGCUGACAAAGGGAUUUGUCUUAUUGAUGAGUUUGAUAAGAUGAAUGAUCAAGACAGGGUGAGUAUCCAUGAAGCAAUGGAGCAGCAAAGCAUUAGCAUAUCAAAAGCUGGGAUAGUUACUUCUCUCCAAGCUCGUUGCUCUGUCAUUGCAGCAGCAAAUCCGAUUGGAGGAAGAUACGAUUCCUCGAAAACUUUUUCUCAAAAUGUUGAGUUGACGGAUCCCAUCAUCUCCCGUUUUGACAUUCUAUGUGUUGUUAAGGAUGUUGUUGACCCUGUAACAGAUGAGAUGCUUGCAAAGUUUGUAGUUGACAGCCACUUCAGGUCCCAACCUAAGGGUGCUAAUAUAGAUGACAAAGCCUUCAGCGAUUCUCAAGAAGAGACUCAAGCUUCUGCUGGACCAGCUGAUUCAAAGAUUCUUUCUCAAGAAUUGCUAAGGAAAUAUGUAACAUAUGCCAAAUUGAAUGUAUUCCCAAGGUUCCAUGACAAAGAUAUGGCUAAGCUUACUAAAGUUUAUGCUGAUCUGCGAAAAGAAUCUUCUCGUGGACAAGGUGUCCCUAUAGCAGUGAGGCAUAUAGAAUCGAUGAUCAGGAUGUCUGAAGCACAUGCCAGAAUGCACCUCAGGCAGCAUGUCACAGAAGAAGAUGUGGACAUGGCUAUUCGGGUCCUUCUUGAGUCAUUCAUUUCAACACAGAAGUUUGGGGUGCAGAAAGCCCUACGAAAGAGCUUCAGGCAAUACAUAACUUUCAAGAAGGACUACGAUGGACUGCUACUUGUACUUCUAAGAGAGCUUGUGAAUAAUGCAAUUCGCUUUGAAGAAAUACUUUCUGGAUCAACUUCAGGGCUUACCUAUGUUGAUGUGAAAGUAGCAGAUCUGCAAGCCAAGGUGUACAAGAACUUCAAGUUUUUAUUUACUAAUGAUGUUAGACUUGUGGACACUUACCAUAUUUAUAUUUGGAUUUUAAUUACAUUUUUUGUGCAGGCUGAAGAGUAUGAAAUCACUAAUUUGGAAGGCUUCUUUUCUAGCUCCGAAUUUAGAGCCUACUACGAGUUGGACGAACAAAGAAGAGUUAUUAGGCAUCACCUUGCAGGUGAUGACAAACCAUAGCUGCGACAUUACAUGGACAGAUAGCUCCUGUGAUGCCAGUGGGUGAUAACUACUAUGUAUGGGGAGGCCAACCAACUUUUGUGACGAUGCUAGUUGACUCAAAUCACAAACCUCAGAUUCUGCUACUGUAGGCACAUUUUAUUUGAUGACUAAAAUGAUGCGUAUUCUGUCGUUGAUUUUGUUUUAAGUAAAUGUGUUCAAACAGGAAUUUACUGCCAGCAAGGACUUUUGGUUUACAUUGUCAUCCUCACUUCUGUUGUCUCUCUUUGUGAAGGGAAUUGUGGGCUUGGUUGGAUUCUCAUUCUGAUAAAUGAUGUAGCCUUUUCUAGAG